UUUAAGGGUAAAGUUUAGAGAUUAAAUCAUAUGAGUAUGUUAGUUUGGUUCAAAUUUGACUGGGGAUUUUUGAAGAAUGAGGCAAUCAUAUUAGAUCAAUUUUGAGUAAAUUGACAAUGUUUACAAGGAAUUAAUAGCAGUAAGGUGUGAACGUUGUGGGUAUUCUAUAGUUGUAUCAAAAAAGUGAAAAACUAAGCUAAAAGCCCAAAGAAUACCGGAUUGCCACAAUGUCAAAGAGCAUUGUUGCUGACUAAGAAACAUCUAUUAGACCAUGUACAGUACUUGAGUCUUGUGAUAAUAUCAGUGAUAUUGCUUUUGUAUUAUACGAUAUACUGUAAACUUGCUGUUAGCAUAUUAUAUUAUUAAUAUUCAUGGUUGUCAAAUAUCAAAAUCAACACACAAAAUUCACACACAAAGGUAUAAAAUAGUGUAUAUUGGUAUAAACGUUUAAUAAAAAUGCAUACAUACAUAACCCAUGGUCGGCAUGGAAUCUUCACUGACAGUAGUGACAGUAUGUUAUUGACUCCCAAACGACAAAUAUUAUAAAACACGCUUCCAAGCUGAAAAGAAAUAUUUACUGUUGUCAGUCAGUGUUUAGACUCUUCUCUUUGAAUCUUGAUCUUCCACAAGUAUUGCUGUUGAUUAUAUUCCUUAUUUUUUUGAAGAACAUCGCAGACUAUAUAUUUAUUUCCACUGUCAGUUGAAAAGUUUAUCAUCAUAGUUUCAGUCUCUGGUUUCAGUCGCAAAAGCUUAUAUCGCCCCUUUGCACGGCCAUGUUUGAUAAAAUCAAAGCGGCCCGCACCCCUGGUUUGAAAAGUUAAAUAUUCUGAAAUAUUCAAAAUUUGAAGCAUCAUGUGACCAGCCUUUACCAGCGCCUUUGCUGCUUCGCCUCCUUCCUCAAUAGGCCCUGGUAACGAGGUUGGGCCCUACCUUUGCUUAUUUGUCGAAAUGUAAGCAGAUGCUUGUGGGUGAGAUAUUUGCAGAUAUGACAAAAAGGAAGGAAAAAUUCGAGAAGAUAACCGGUGUUAGCUUGGACAACUAUUACAGAUUGGCUGCGAGCAAAGUCGAGAAUGAGAAGAAAAGAAAAAAAAAUGUCUGAGGAGUUACAUGAGGCGAGAAAACGUGCAAAAAAAGGUUAUAUUUAAUUUUAAAAUUUUUUUACAUUUUUUAUUUAUUUAUUUAAAAUACGUCGUAGUUGUUGUUGUAGUUCUGGAAAUUGUUUUAUCUUCUUUACUGGUGGUUUUCCACAUGUUGUCAAGUGUUCAGCUAUUGCAUCUUCGAUCUUUGCGUGUUGACUUGAGAAUGUUGUCUCGUCGUUGAGGUGAACGUAUUCGUAGAUUUUGGGUUCUGUGCCGGAAUUUCUGUAUUUUUGGCUAGCAACUGUUCGAGUGUUUUGUCUCGAUCUGUGUCGGCGAGAUAUUCGGCUACGGCAUCUUCUAAGUUCGGUUUGAUGCUCGUGAACUUUUUAGACUUGUUCAGAUGAAUGUAUUCGAAGUCUGCGGGUUUCGUGUAGUACACGCGACCGGUCGACAUAAAUUCCUGCGUACCCAAUUCCUCGAUUCGUUUGAAUUUUUCUUCGAACUCGACUUUUCGCGCAUCUUCCGUUUUACGCCAUAUGUCAAGACGACAAUUCUCACAGUAUCGAGUGCGAAAAUGUAGUUUACGAUCGUGUGCAUCCGUAUGUUCGCAGUGUAGGCAUCCGUUGUUGAGACAUUCUUUUUUUGUUAGCGACAGUACGAUAUUUUUUUCGAUCGGAGUCAUUCUUUCUUCGUCGUCGCUCAUGUUUUGUAUUUUUUCUAGGUUCGGGUUUGUUUGGCGAUAAAGAGCCAUGGUGCCCUAUACUUAUAAAUGAUGGGUAUGUGGAAGCUGUCAAAGGUGAAAUUGAAGAUGAGCAAAUCAAUCGUUAUGAUGAAAUUAUAAUCAUAUCUAAUUACCCUACAAAGAACGAUGAGCACGUGGUAUCCAACGGAAGUAAAUAA